AUGACCUUCCCGCUGGUCUGCUACUGCAACGCGGUGCCGCGCCCCGUGGCCGCGCUGUUCAAGCUCCUCCACGCCGUGGCGCUGGUGUUUGUGCUGGUGCUCUGCUUCCUCGGCCUCUACGAGUUCCCCUACGACCCCGAGGACCACGCGCCGGUCAUCAACGGUCCGCCCCUCCGCCCACGCGGGGACGCCCCGAGGCCGGAGGCGGUGAAGCAGCGGCUCCCGCUCGUCGAGUUCCUGGAGCUGGCGGUGGCUUCGUCGCCGUCGUCGGGGGCGGCGGAGCCGACGUGCCGGGUGUGCCUGGAGAGGCUGGAGGCGACGGACGAGGUGCGGCGGCUGGGCAACUGCACCCACGCGUUCCACACGCGCUGCAUCGACCGCUGGAUCGACCUGGGCGAGGUGACGUGCCCGCUGUGCCGCUCCCACCUGCUGCCGCGUCGGCGCGCCGGCCUACUUGGCAUGGGUAUGGCACGGCUCGGCUAG